UUUAUACAUAAAAUAUGGCACGAAAGUCAGACGCAUGGUUGAUGACUGGAAAGGAAAGAAAAACCUUAAUCAUGCAUAAACGUAUGGAGAUUAAAGAAAAAUAAAGAUCGAAUUAGAUCCAGAGAAAUUGAUAAGGAGAUAGAGGAAGAGAUUCAGCAGAUGAACGCAUUGAAGACCUUAGUCAUGACAAGAAAGUUUAGCUAUUUGCAACUGCUUAAGAUAGACCAUCUAGAAAGAGCUAAUAAACUAAGGAGGAGUAAAAAGAGAAUUAAAAAUCUUAAAAAUGCUGCUCCAUUCACUCAUCAUUUGCAACUUCCGCCAGUGAAAAAUAAUCUGAAGACAGCUAGGAUCAUUAGCCAACCCAAAUCUAAGAAGCAAGAAGAUCUUGUUGAAAGUUACAAAAGACUUAAAUAUCUUGAAAAGUUUGAUAGAAAAGAGGAAGAUGAGUCUUCCCUCAUUGAAAAGGGUCAAGCAGUCCAAAUUGAUUACAAGACCCAAGGAGUCGGCCCUAAGAUGUUUAAGAAUAACAGAUAUCAAUCAAAGAAAAAUAUGCAUAGAAUGAAUAGAUUUAGCAAUAAAAACCUUUAA